AUGUUAAACACAAUCAGUUCGAUUGAUAACAUUCAAAGAAAAAAUCCAUCACAAUUAUCAUUGAAAAAUUCUCGGCAUGAAUUGACUACAAAACAUUCGAAAACUGGAUACUACGCUUAUAAAAACAAGAAUCCAUCACUUCUAUCUGUUGAUCAUCAAUCAAUACAAUCCAAGAAUGAUCAUACUUUAGACGAUGAUGAUGACAAUGAUCAAACACGAACAACAUUAAAUUCGAGCAGCACAUUCAGUCAUAUUACACUAAUUGAUGAUCAUCGUAGUACAACAAAGAAUGAACAUCAAUGUUCAUUGACACAAAUGUUGCUUGCAUAUGCACAGCAAGAUGCAGAAAUAUUAACAAGUCUUACACCAACACGCUCAGAUAAAAGUCUUAAUAAUAUAUUGAAUGUACUUGAACUUCAUUUUAAUGCAUAUGCUAAUGAUAAACGACAAAUAUAUUUCGAAGGUAUCUUUCAAAUUUUACAUGAUUUUAAAGAACAAAUUACUGAAUUAACAUUAAUUGAAACGAUGAAAUUACUACAGAUUGAUCCUCUUGCUUCAUGUAACUUUGAAAGUUUUAUUCUUAUUCUAUGCCACUUACCUCCUAUUAAACAAGAUCCUAAUAAUUUUUUCAUUAUAUUCAAUGAACUUGACUAUAAUAAAGAUUUUUAUAUAACUUUUGAAGAUAUUAAAUAUGUAUUACCACACCUGACAUCUCAUUUUAACGAAGAAAUUAUUCGUGCAGCAAUUCAUACAAUAGAUAUCGAUCAUGACAAUGAUCGUUUAUCAUACUUUGAUUUUGUCACGAGUCUUCUGUUAUUACAAGAGUGUGAAUUAAGCAUGAAAACAAAAACAAUAACAACAUCAGCUAAUGGAAGUUUCCGUGUCACUAUUGAACAGAAAAAAGAAUUAAAAAAACAGUUUAGUGAAUGUGAAAAAAACAGAAUCGAAUCAUGA